AUGCCUGCACCCCUUGUCAAAGGUAUCAUCGUGACAGCCUCAGUUCUGGUGGCUGCCGGCGUUGCUGUCUAUCAGUCCCCUCAGUUUCAAGAGUGGGUAGCCACUUCCCGACGCAAGAUCGCCUUGGCCUUACACAACCUGGGUGAUGAGAUCCAGCCGGGUGACCACAUCCUCCGAGAGGAUAUCUCCAUGACCGAAGAGAUCGGCCAACAUGCCGAGGAACGCAGACGAAUUGCUCGAGCGGACAUUAUUAAGCGGGGUAUAUUACUUGAAUCUCGACGGAAGGCGAGAGGGCCACAUGAGCUCGACAGCUUCGACACUUUAGUAGACAACGACGGUAAACUCCGUGCGUCAACGGAUGACCAUGACAUCAACGCUGUCGGUGCCUCAACUGGAUUUGAUAUAGGCUCACAGUCUUACCGUCGUGGUGAAGCCUCUAGUAUGGGCCGGGACCUCUUGCCUGUCGAUAUACCAUCAGGAACCACAUCGAACCAUCCCUCGGAAUCCGUGAUACAACUGACUCCCACCUCAUCCGCGCCCGGCGAAAUCCUUUUCGAUCCGUUCUCCGAUUCUCCUGUCAGAGCCCAGUCACCGAUGUCUACCUCGGCUUCCAGUCACACGGAAGGCAGCCAGGUCUACUACGCCCACCCUCAAUCAGGUUCCAAUGUGACACAGCAGCAAGACCUGCUCACGGAUCUGGACGAUUUUGCUCAAGGAAAUCAGUUCCAGCACCCCGUUUCUUCGGCACCAUCAACUGCCGGGAGCUUCAGUCAUGUCGGUGACUUCGAUGGGUCAUCCGACGGCACACUGAGUGACCUGGAUGCUCGUUCGGUAGGAGGCAUAGCUACCCCAGCCAGCUGGUCUGAGGUUGGAAGUGAAAUAAGCAACGAAGAUGCUGGUCAUCAUCAGUUGCUGUAA